AUGUCUUCCGACGGCGGUGCAAUGGCGGCGACCGGCCCCCUACUGGAAAAAAAUGCGGCGGAGAGGUGGUGGAGCAAGAUUAUCGAUGUGGAUGAGGCGAAAGAUCAGAUUCUCUUCGCAUUGCCUAUGAUUCUUACCAACGUUGCUUACUAUUUUAUACCUUUGGUGUCCGUAAUGUUCGCCGGCCACCUUGGAGAGCUCCAGCUCGCCGGCUCAAACCUUGCCAAUUCAUGGGCUUCUGUUUCUGGUUUUGCUCUUAUGGUUGGCUUGAGUGGUGCACUCGAGACAUUAUGCGGGCAAGGAUAUGGUGCAAAACAGUAUAGGAUGCUUGGAAUAUACCUGCAGGCGUCCUGUAUUAUAACGCUCAUUUUUGUCAUCGCUGUAUCAGUUCUCUGGUGGUAUUCCGAUGUCGUUCUUACUUUACUACAUCAAGAUCCUCGGAUAUCAAAAGCAGCUGGUCUCUAUUUGAAGUAUCUCAUUCCUGGAUUACUUGCAUAUGGGAUGUUGCAAAAUAUCUUGAGAUUUCUUCAGACACAAUCAGUUGUCAUACCGAUGGUUGUGUGUUCAUUGCUCCCUCUAGUCCUCCAUAUUGGCAUCGCCUAUGCUUUGGUUCAUUGGACUAAGCUUGCAUAUAAAGGAGCACCAUUAGCUGCUUCUAUUUCACUGUGGAUCUCGGUCCUUAUGUUAGGCUUGUAUGUGCUUAAAGCAAAGAAAUUUGAGGACACGUGGAAGGGAUUCCGGUCAGAGUCUUUCCGUCACAUCUUCUCAAACUUGAAGAUAGCCCUGCCUUCAGCAGCAAUGGUGUGUUUGGAGUAUUGGGCUUUCGAGAUUCUGGUUUUGUUGGCUGGACUAAUGCCAAACUCGGAAGUUACUACUUCGCUAAUAGCAAUGUGUGUAAAUACUGAAGCCAUUGCCUACAUGUUUGCUUAUGGCCUCAGCGCCGCUGCAAGCACAAGGGUGUCUAAUGAGUUGGGAGCUGGAAAUCCUGAUCGAGCUAAGCAUGCCAUGAGUGUCUCGCUAAAGCUAACUAUUCUCUUUGCACUCUCUGUCGUUUUAGCCCUUUCUUUCGGUCAUAACUUGUGGGCUAGCUUGUUUAGUGACAGUCCGGUGAUAAUCAAUUCAUAUUCCACAAUGACACCCUUUCUCGUUGUGUCUAUAUUAUGUGACUUUAUCCAAGGAAUCUUAUCAGGUGUAGCCAGAGGAUGCGGCUGGCAGCAUUUGGCUAUGUGCAUUAAUUUGGCGACAUUCUAUUUCAUUGGCAUGACAAUUGCCGCUGUCCUCGGUUUCAAGGUUAAACUAUACGCCAAGGGAUUGUGGAUUGGCCUAAUUUGUGGUCUCUCAGUCCAGACGAUAGGGCUGUUGUUGCUUACAAAGUUUACGAAAUGGACAAGAGUAGAGUCGCCCCGAUAUUCAUCACAGAAGCCUGUUGAGAUAUACAGUUCCCUUUUUCUAAUAUUCUUCGUCGGAUUUACGUGCUCCUCUUAUGGUUAUCAACUGAAUGUAGGAGGCAAAGAGGGUUGGGUAAUAAACCCUAAAGAAAGUUACAGCCACUGGGCUCAAAGAUUGAGAUUUCAAGUUAACGAUACCCUUUUGUUCAAAUACGAGAAAGGAAUGGAUUCUGUAUUGGAAGUAAAGAAAGACGAUUUCGACAGCUGCGACACCAGCAGUCCGAAGAUGAAAAUGGAAGAUGGUAAUUCAAUCUUCAAAUUUGAUCGAUCAGGGCCGUUCUAUUUCAUCACGGGGAACAAAACCAACUGCAAUAAAGGUCAAAAGCUUAUCGUUGUUAUCUUGGCUGUGAGAACGCCAACACUUGCUCCGCCACCCACCGCACAUGCUCCGGUGGCGAAACCACCGGGUGCAUCGCCGCCACACCAUUCGUUUGCUUCACCAGCAUUUACUCCAUCAGUUGUUCUGGUGUCAACAGUUUCACUUGUCCUGAGCGUGGCUUUUGGUGGAUUUAUUGGCUUUUAG